AUGUCGCUUGAGUCAAAUAUGAAGCAAGCAAAUGUCUUGUCUGCUCGAGCCUCCCUAUACCAAUACGAUCACAUGCUGCCUGUCGACCAGGCCCAUGUCGGUGGCCCAUUCAAACCUUCCACUAUGGCUACUGGUGGCAUCGACGAUGAGUCACCGGAGGGUGCAUAUCGUCCACCUCGGCCCUUUACCCCCGGUCGAUCCUGCGCAUCCGAUCAUGAUUUGAUAUGUCUACCUGAUACAAGACCCAAACUCCAAUGA